UCAGUUGUUGCUAGGCCACCUUCGUUGAAAUCCAUUACUAGUUUUAGGUGUGGGUAGUGUAAAUAAAAAUUAGCAGAUAUGUGUUCCUUUUUACGGAUACCAUUGAUAUUAUCCAUCUGUGUCGCCUUAGUCUCAAGCAAUGUUCACGGAUCCCGAAGAUCCCGGAGAAUGGACAAAGAAGAUUACGCCCAAAAUGAAAUAGACAGUGGAAGAGCCGACGAGAGCUCCUGGUGGCCUUCAGCCGAAUUUUCAGUUUUGCAAAAAGUUUACGAUGACUGCAGUUCGCAAAAACAUUUGACAAUGUGCCUUAAAGGGAAGGCGCUAACUGCUCUAACAAGAGCUGUAGAGCAGGAUAGUGUUCAGCUCACCGAUGGCUUAAUGUUGGUAAAAGACGCUGAUGCACCGGCUGCGGUGGCGGAGCCUCGGUUCUUCCCUGGUAUGUCAGCUGAAGACAAACUCGACAAUAUGCUUCGUACAAAGUUCCAACAACUGCUGAACUCAUAUACCAUAUCAAUGGAUUUAUCUUCGGAGGGUAGAGGUAGAGGGAAAAAGGUUAUGCCGUACCUGUUGCUCGGAAUUUUCACGACCAUAAGCAUCAUGGGAGGCUUGGCCCUGAAAACCUUAGCUGCGAUUGCCGGUAAAGCACUGAUCGCUAGCAAAGUGGCGUUAACGAUCGCUGGGAUUAUUGCUCUCAAGAAACUCUUCAGCCAUGAUGGAACUAAUGGAGAAACGACGUUCCAAGUACAUGCUGAUGGUGUCCACCAUAGGUAUUUGAUUCGAAGGCGCAAUCUUUACGUGGUGAGGCCUGUCCAGAUCUAG